AUGCUUCUCCCGUCCGCGCUGCCUUGCGAUGCGUCGCACUCGUCUCGCUCUCGACUUCAACCCUCUCUCUUCUCUCCUCCUGCCAGCCCCCCGGCUUUCUCGUCACACGCUUCUUUGGUCAAUAUUAUGACUACUUGCCGCUCUCUUCAAUCCCUCCUCUCGACUCCCGCGCCCAUUGUCACCAACUCUAACCAAGCGCCUUCGCAUACUCAACUACCAACUCCGCCGCUUGCUCACGCCGCUCCACCUCUGAAGCUGCGUCUGCGACCGCGCCCACAACGCCGCGAACCUGUCGGGCCCAAGAAGGUUACCAAGCGCGCAGCACCACGUACUGCCAAUAAGAAACGCCGCGUCAACGACGACGAGGCGGAUCGUUACUCUUCAGCAAGCGAGUCUUGCUGCGAGUCACCCUCUCGUCACUCCAUGGAGCAGAUCGUACCUGCAACACCCAAGCGCACGCGCAUCGCUCCUGAGCAGCUACCACUCGGCCUCGACCGUUCAGACUUCCAUAACAUGCAUCUCCGACAAGGCGGCCGUCUCUUCAAUGACGAGGACUCUGACGAAGAGGACUGGAGCGCCGAAGAUGACCGUGUUCUUAUUGAACUUGUACUGGAGAAGCUUAGGCUAUCAAAGGCAGAAUGGCAGGACUGCGCUCGAAAUCUUGGCCGUGAUCGCCACGCCGUCGACCGUCGCUGGAAGGCAUUAUUACUUAAUGGCGACAUUGGUCUGAAAUCGCGACCAGGUCACUAA